AUGGGGAUUUUCUCGGCCGAUACCGUCACGGAUUUCGUUCGACGCGGUGACAUCGCCGGCGUCCGGCGGCGCCUGGAGCUUGGCGACGACGUCAACGAGCGUAGAAGUUUCAAGUCCACACCGCUGAUUGAAGCUGCUAGGCGUGGCAACAUUGGCAUGAUGGAGCUGCUGCUAGAACACGGUGCAGAUAUGGACUUGAUGGAUUCUAGCCGCCUGACGGCCCUCCAUUCAGCAAUUAACGAGGAGAAGAGCGCCGCAGCGAUCGUUUUGGCACAGCGAGGCGCAUGUGCGAACAAAGUGGGCUUUCUGGGUCGAGCUCCGCUACAAUGUGCGAUCAAGAAAAACCUGCUUGAGGUCACGACGGAGCUGUUGGCAAAUGGUGCAAACCCCAUGGUGCGCAGC